AUGCCCCUUAAUGCUUCUUUUUCAUCCCUAGCCCGUUUUCCGCCUUUUUCUGGACAAGCUGGUAUCCGCCUCGAUGAUGACACGGCGUGCUUUCAUGUUGACAAACAGGCGCAGCAGCAUCCCCAAUUGCGCGACGACAGGAUUCCGCAUCCCUACACAGCCCAAGUAGCAAUACCUAGUGUGGUCAACAAUUGGAGAUCUCAAGACAAUCGCAAAAGGCUACACCCGCUGGGUGACGACUCAUUCCAUCCGGACUCAACAGCGAACUUCCGCAUCGUCAGCCGUGACCUAUUGCGCAUGUGUACCAAAUACCCGUAA